AUGUUGACCAGCACCAAAGAACCGCAGGGUCUCCGCAAUCCGUUCCAUAACCCUUUCCCGGCAUCCUUAUCGAGUGAAUGUCGCAAGGCCGCCAAAAUCAUCAACUCAUUCGUUAAUCCCUCGAUUGUCGGUGAUGGCGGUAUCCCUCGGAAGAUCUUGAGUCAUGCCAAGGUCCUAAUCAUCUGCACAGUCUUUCGAGUUGGCUUUUUCGGAAAUGUGCGUUUCGGCUCUGGGAUUAUGGUGUCUCGUCUGCCCAACGGCAACUGGUCAGCGCCGUCGGCCAUUGCUCUCUGCGGAGUGGGCGUAUGUAGUAUUGGCUGCGAACUCACGGAUUUUGUCUUCGUCCUAAGUACCGACGAAGCGGUCGCGAGGGUUAUGCACAUGCCGAGCGCGAGCCUUAGCUUAAACGCCUCGGCGGCCCUUGUAACUGGCCGGAGUGCAGAAUACGGUGCCAUGCUUGGGGCCAGAGGCUUGUCCGGCUUCUAUUCGUUCUCAAAAUCCCGUGGUAUUUUUGCUGGUUUGACCUUGACAUUCGAGAACCCUUAUGCAAACAAAACGGUCUACGAGCGCAAGCUGAAGGCUCGUCAGCUUGUCGGCGGAGAGGUUCCUUACCCCAAGGAGGCAGAGCUGCUUAUGAGUAUCCUCAACUCAGACGCGCUUCGAUUGGACCACCGGGUCACAGAGUCCACGCUUCCAGACAAAUUCUCACAAGCGCCCUCUCGGCAACAAGACAUGGAGCUCGAGGCAAAAUCAGCCUACCAGGAGGCACCGGGAGACUACCAAACCCCGCGCGAAAUGCAAGGCGACAUCCAGGGCCCGCGCGAACUCUUGGGAGACAGUCAUGGUCCACGGGAGCUCUACCAGGAUCCUCCGCCUGUGCGGGCUUCCGAAAUCGAUUCUUACCCAAACCAUGAAAGAGCAGCAGCGCAAGGAAAUGCAUAG